AUGAACUCUCAGAUCCGAUCGAACGCGCUGGGGCUCGCGCUAAGAAGUGCCGUGUUACGAAGCCACGGCGGCCGUGCUGGGCGACGGAUGGACCUGUGGCAAGUUCGCCGGGGACAUCACGUCCUCCACCCCCACUUUGUCGUCGUUGCCUCCCAUCGACUCGUUCAAGUUGGGGUGCCCAAAGCGUGGCCGGCAGUCGGUCCGUUCCUCACCGAUCGCGUCGGGUUUGGUUUUCCGAUCCUGUCGAAAUUGACGCACCAAGGCCCCGUCCAGGCGAUCGCGGGGGUGCUCGCCGACAACGUCGACGCUUCAGUGUCGGUUACAGGGCUCGAGGUCGAAGUCGCUGCCGCCAUUGUCUUCUGCACCCAGGUGCAGAAUGCGCCCCUUCUGGACGAUAUGACCACCGUGGCUCGCUUCGUCCACACGAAAGAUAACGUUACUAUGGUUGACGAAGGAGCUUGGGUCAAGGCAUUUGGUCAAGACGAUAACGUGGCAGCGUUUGCUGUGGGGUUGGUGGAACAUACACUCUUGCGGGUGGCGGCAUCGCCCAGUGUUAUGCCGACCGACUUGUUCGACGCGUGCAACGUGCCUGAAGUGACGUCGGCACACCUGGCGGAGAUGGUCAACUGGCUCGCGGUGCAGCAAAUGCUCCAUCACUCUUUUUACGACGUCUACGGGAACUAGUCUCAGGCUAAACAAGCUGCUAAUGUUACCGGUAGUAUUUGAAAAUUGAUCUAAAAUGGCUAUCAUUCCGAGGUUACUGUAGGUACGAAUUUCAUGGCCCCGUUCAAUCGAAUAUCGCCGCCCGAAUCGGGCACCAAUAUCUCCCAUUGGUCAA